AUUCUAUCAUAUAGUUUCAGUUGCCUUCAGGCUGUGCUUGUGUAAACACCUUUUUUUUUUUGGAAUUUGGACACAAAAUUUUAUAGUUUAAAAUGAAAUUGGGAUUGCAACAUUUCAAAAUUAUAAAUCCACUUUCACAAAUCAUCAAACCUACCACAAAACAGCUAAGCACUGCAAGGGUUAACGCUUUGCUUUUGAAUGUGCCAAGAGUGCAGAUCUCUGAUGGAAAAAACAACUACCUCCUACUGAUGAUACAUUUGCAUGGAAAAACUCGCUAUGGCAGGACAAUUGUUCGUGGCACAGGCUCUAAGACCCAUGAGGAGAUUUUUGCCGAAGUGAUGGAUGAAAUGGAUGAUAUUGGCAUAUGCACAAAAUCCCUAGGAGGUGGAUUCAUAGAUAACAAAGAAAAAAAGAAAAAAAUAAAAAUCUACGGUUGCUGCAAGACAUACGGCGAGGCACCCCAUGGUAGAACCAAGGAUAUAUUACUUGCUUGGACUAAAUUUAAGGACUUUGACAUCAACGUCGCAAAAUAUAAGAAGUAAUUCAAACGACUGUUAAAAUAGUGCAAACA